UAGCCAGCCCGUUCCCCCUGCCGGGUUCAGACCGAGCCGGUGCCGGGUGGCAGCCUGACUGGGCUGGCGGAGCAGCUGCGGCGCUCCUCGCUCUCGCCAUGGUGCUCGUCAAGGAAUAUCGCGUGAUUUUGCCUGUGUCAGUGGAGGAGUAUCAAGUGGGGCAGCUAUACUCUGUGGCAGAAGCCAGCAAAAACGAAACAGGUGGAGGAGAAGGGGUUGAAGUCCUGGUGAAUGAACCCUAUGAGCGCGAUGGAGAACGUGGCCAGUACACACACAAGAUUUACCACUUGCAGAGCAAAGUCCCCCCUUUUGUGAAAAUGGUGGCCCCAGAGGGAGCCUUGAAUAUCCAUGAGAAAGCAUGGAAUGCAUAUCCUUACUGUCGAACGGUUAUUACAAAUGAGUACAUGAAAGAUGAUUUUUUGAUCAAAAUUGAAACCUGGCACAAAGCAGACCUCGGGACACAGGAGAAUGUACAUAAACUAGACCCCAAUGAAUGGAAAAAUGUGGAAGCCGUCUAUAUAGACAUUGCAGACCGGAGUCAAGUUCUUACAAAGGAUUAUAAGCCAGAAGAAGACCCUGCAAAAUUUAAAUCUAUCAAGACAGGUCGUGGCCCUCUGGGGCCCAACUGGAAGAAGGAGAUUGGCAAGCAGGCAGACUGUCCGUACAUGUGUGCAUACAAGCUAGUAACAGUCAAAUUCAAAUGGUGGGGUCUGCAGAACAAAGUCGAGAACUUUAUACAGAAGCAAGAAAGGCGGCUUUUCACAAAUUUUCACCGGCAGCUAUUCUGUUGGCUUGAUAAAUGGGUUGACCUGACAAUGGAAGAUAUUCGCAGAAUGGAAGAUGACACCAAGAGGCAGCUGGAUGAAAUGAGAGAGAAGGAUCCCCUGAAAGGAACGUCGGCUGCUACAGAUGACUAGAGUGGAUUCCUCUUUGUACUUGUUGCAAAAGUCAGCAGGAAGGCCCAAGAAUUCCAUCUUCUUGACCAACGGACCAUCUCUGGAUCAAGUUGUCCUCUCUCCAGUCGGCAGGCAACUUCCAAUCUCCCCUAGCUAACUCUAGUUGCCCCUUUAAUAUUGUGAGCAAAUAGACAGUCGUUUGGUCCUGAGCACUCCAGCACUGGCUCCUGGGAAGGAGGCUGCUCUGUGGGGACAGCUGCAUCUGUGACUUCACCUUCUUCUGCAGUGUUCAGACCAAUUUCUAUGUGGCCCUCUUUGAUUUCUACGUGACAUUUUUAGCUGAAAUAGUUCUGUGAUGUGAUUUAGAUUCCUACGUGUACAUAUCAUUUCCUUUUAAGCAUUGGGAUAAACUCUGCUGCCUUUUGUUUCUCUCCAGCUCCUCAUCUUCCUUCAGUCAUUUAUGGAGACAGGAACUCAGUAUUAAGAGUUAUAAUGACGGCUGUUCCCUAGGAUUCCAGGCUGCCCUUUUUAUUAUGGAAUGAUGUGUGCAGGGUUCUUGCUGUCCAGGUACAGGUGUUGCUGCUAUCACAGAGCUCUUGAAACAUGGCAGGGGGGUGGGGGCUCCCUUACUGCUUGCCUCUCUUCUGCUGAGCCACCUGUCACUGUUGUUUUGGAGCCCACGUCUGCUGCUUUGGGGCUGAGAGUUUCGACAGCGGAAUGAACUGGCCCCUUAAAAUAGUCGUGAGAGCAUUUGCUUUCUUGUCCUUUAUUACGGUUGAUAAGGGAAAAGGACUUCUGUUGGCCCACCAAAAAUUGUACAAGCCAAAUUCAGUUCUUUUGAUUUAGUCCUUCUCAGGGACCUGUGUGCUACUCCUUAAGCAGUAAUAGGGCUGGCCCUGAAGGUUUGUGCAGGGGGUUCAUUUGCCUUUGCAGUGUGUGAAAAAGGAAAAAAGAAUCACAGGUCCGACUUACAAAGACAGCCAAGCUCUUUGCUGCUGGGGAAACAGGCCACCUGAAGACCAGACUCCAUCUCUUCUUGGACUUGUAUCUGUUUUAGACAAUCAGAUGAACAGAACGGAACUGAAGGAACUCUUGCUGGCUUGAUUUAGAGAGUAGAAACUGCCUUAACUGGGGUCCCCGUGAUUUCCUGGGAGGCAGCAACUCUGCAAGCAGGCCUCCUUUCUCUCCAAAGCAAGCUGCGUCUCAAAGAGUAGUCCCCCCCCCCGCCCCAGAUUAGCUGGCUUUCACAGGCUCCAUCUGCUAGGAUUCUAGAAAGCCCACAGUUGUGCUUGGCUAAAUUAGUGGGAGGGAAAGACUUGGUGUGUUAAUGUAGGUUAAAGAUUUGCAACUUUGCUUCGAAGAGGGGGGGGUUCGUGCUUCGGAGGAGGCAGUUUUUAUCCCUAUUGUUCAUUCUUUUUUGCCUUACUGAUGACCAAGUGCAAUAAGCAAACUUGAUCUGUGCUGGUAGCUUUUUUUUUGGCUGAUGCAUUCUCAAUGACCAUGCAGGGCUUUUUUUUUUCUUUUUUCUUUUUGAAAAGUUGUGUUUUAGGAGACUGAUCUGUUUUUCAAAAAGAGAAGCCCAGCAGUCAAAGCAAAGCUGUUUUGGCCCAGGAACAAGCAAGGUGCUCCUUUAUUCAUUUCCUUCAAAGCGUGUGAGCCAUCAGGCUAAUUUUCUUCUAGCGUGUGUAAGAUACUGAAAACUGGGGAUUAAAACAAAAGUAUAUAUAUAAUAUAUAUAUAUAUAUAUAUUUAUUGACUAAUGAAUUGUAAGAGGAUUCUGAUGCUUGAGAAUGUUUUCAUGGCUGUUCUUGCAAAACAGGGAGAGGCUUGCUUUCUGGUGACACUGUCUCCAUAGAAACAGACGGUGACAUUUUAAAGAAGUAGGAUGGGGGAAGAGAAAUCCAGAAAGGUUCUGGGUAUGAAGGUGCAAGCUCUUAUUAAAACACAAAGCUUUCUUGGGUUAGCAGUAAGAGCAAGAAGAAUGCAAAGAACUUCCAAUCUGUGAGUUCCUCCUCCUCCUCUGAGCUGCAACUGAGCCCUUCUCCCUGCCUCCGCAGCUGCUGCCGCCGCUCCUGCUCAAGCGCUGUAUAAUGUUUUGCAUUGGCUUCAUAAUCCAGAACCCCCAGAGCUGCUGGCAACGGAGAGUGGGUUCUGCACCCCGCUCUCUGCUUCCGCCUCUGCAGCUCCCAGGGCGAGGAGAGGAGGGCACAGUGGGCUUGGUUCCAAAACGCAUAUCCUUUGUCGCCUUGAUUAGCUGAUCUCCUUGUUUUUCAUGUGAGUUUGUGCCUUUCUGUCUCCUGACCUUCCAAUACUGGCCUAUUGGAAGCCACUCCAAUAAAAUCAUAGAGCAAGCA